GUCGGAGAGAAAGUAAAACUGAAAUCUAGAUUGCAGCUUUUUUUUUCAUUGAAUGUAAAUUAUUCAAAGAGUGAUUCCUAGCAUUAAAGUCGAUAUAGUUUUUGUUAGUUACCGUUACAAUUAGUUUUAGUUUGAUAGUCAUGUUAAAUCUAUGUAAACAAGGAGCUUCUUACUAAGCUUGUUUUAACAUUUAUGUCAAUAUACGUUAGUCCACUACUUUAUCUAUCGUGAUUUACAUUUGUGACAUUGAGACUGUGAAAUGUAGUUGGGGAAUAAUUUUCUUUUUUUUUCUUACUUCUAACAUCUAUUAGUUACAAUAUUGAAUAAUUUAUAAAUAUGGCUUCUACCGCAAAGCUGUCAUCGAUAGGAAUCAUUUUCCUUAUGUCAAGUUUAUGUGGAGUCAUUCUGCCGUACUUGGUGCUGCGCUUUCUUCGAAGAAAAUACAGAAAGUCAACGGAAAUGUUGAACAACGUUCUAAGUAUAUUAAACUGUUUUUCUGGAGGCGUGUUUUUCUCAACUUCCAUUUUGGCGCUUCUUCCUGAGGCACGAGAACAGGUUGAAGAAGCAGGAUUAAAGUUAAUCGAUAAUAACAAUUAUCCAACUGCGGAACUUUUUCUUGGCUUUGGAUUUUUGAUAAUAUUGAUAAUAGAAAAUGUCACGAUCUCCUGCCACAGAAAUCGCUCAAAAACAGAUAGUAACCAGUACGAUAUUGCCAAGAAGGAGCAAUCGACCAAAAAUGACCAAAGUGGGCAGGUGAUUGUUACAUCUUUUUCACAGGCAACAUCACACAUGAAUGAUGUAAACGAUAUUUCCACCGAAUCGCAAAAAGACGAACAAAAUACGAACAAAGAAAAGUAUGGAGACGAAAUGACAAACUUGCGCAAUAUAGUUAUGUUGUUAGCUCUUUCCAUCCAUAUGGUUUUUGACGGAUUGGAGUUGGGACUUCUGGACAAAGAAAAUAAAGUGUGGUCAGUUCUUCUGGCUUUGGGUGUUCAUAAAAUUCUCAUUUUAUUCGGCAUGGGACUUAAGAUGUGUGAAAGUACCACGUUCGUUAAAUUUGCAGUUGCAAUGGUGUAUUUAUCUUUAGUAUCGCCAGCUGGCGUUGGUAUAGGCAUUUUCCUUACGUCGCAGGGAGAAAACCUUACAAUACUGCAGACAUCGGCUAUUCUCCAGUCGUUAGCUGUUGGAACUUUCAUUUAUGUUGCAUUUUUUGAAAUAUUGCUAAAAGAGUUUAUAUCUAGUGAAGGAAACAGAAUCUUUAAAACCAGCGCCACUGUGUUUGGUUUUGCAUUAUUUGCUGUAGUAAGUUACCUUAUGCCCGAUUGAUAAUGUUUUGUUGUUGUUGUGGGUUUUUUUUCCAUUUGUAUGGUGACUGUUAUCUCGUAUUAUAAAGGUGAUAAAUUAUGAUUGUUUAUUUAAAAAAAUGACAGUUAAUUAAUGCCCAAUUUACAUUUUUGUUGUUAUGCAAAUGUGACAGUUAUUUCAUUGCAUUAUUAUUAUUGUUGUUGUUGUUGUUGUACAUACUGUAUGUUUUAUUAUUUUUGUUUCUUUUCUCCAUGUAUGAAAUGAAGUUUAAAAUAGACGACUUGAGACUUUUUCAUUUAGUAACUCGUAUUUUGUUUACAUAUUCCAUCUAACUUUGAAACAAAGACGGCAUUCAAAAUUUACAAUCCCUAUAAAGUUCAAGCAUGUAUGUUAUUCACCAUAUACAUUUUGAGGAACAGAAUUUGAAUUUAGCAGAAAAGGCCAAAAUUAAUAAAUAUAAACAUUUGUGGGUUUUAUAAAAUAAGUAAAAUAAAAAAUAUAUAAUUUCAAUUUUAACAGUUUUCUUUGCAACAUUGUAAAAAAAGCAAAAGUAUCCCAAAGGAAUACGGUAUCAAUUAAAAUGCAUCUAAAUUUUAGAAUGGUGAAACGAAACCCAGAGUGAAUUUGUCAUGAUUAAAAUUAUGUAUAAUAAGCAAAGACCAUGCGUAUUUCUAAGUGCUUUUUGAAACAUGUUCUGCCAACCGAAAGCAUACUGUGCGUAAUACUGUCUAUGUAGAAUUCAUUUCUGUUAUACAUUUGAGAGUCGGCAACUUUUGAAUAUGUAAAAUACUGAGUUUCCUAUUUCUUUUGAAUAAUAUUAUCUAAAAUUGAAUAUAAUUACACUGAAUGGUUUAUAAAUAUUUCCAUUAACAAAGCCACUGUACAAACUGAUAUGAUAAAAAAACUUCACAUGUCCCAUGAGACUAUAUGUCAAUGAUAGAUGAUAGACCAGCUUUUUAACAACUCACAGUUUAGCAAUAUCUGAGACCAUUUUUUGUUUUGAUCAACCGACGUAGUUGCUUGUCAAAACGGCCACACAAUGUCACGUUUAUUUAACUGAUAUCGAAACAUCAGAACCUGAUAACGUGUUAUAGAUAUAAAGAACCAAGUGACAUACUGACGACUAAACUAGAUAUUAUAUAACUUUAAUUGCAAUACAUAUCUGACCUACAUCUGAAAGAAAAAUAUUUUUGCACGAUUAUGAUAUCACUUAUCACUAUUCUUUUUAUGAAAUCCAGCUGAUCUAUUGCCGCACCUGUUUAACACCACGCUUAUCUCGCAUGAUCAACAGGGGAUGACACUGCCCAAUCGCUGCAAACAUGCAAAUAAGAUUGCAUGACCCGCAUUCAGCAGGGCCUGAAUCUGUCGUGACAUUUCAGUGACGCACAAUAACAAAGUUCCGCUUUACUGUAGUUUUAUCGUUUGUAGCGUAACGAUACGUUCUUAUCAUAAAGUAAUGAAUUUUGAAUCGAGAAAUACACUAUAAGGAACGGAGAGAAAAGAUAAAGUGUUUGUAGAUGCAGCAUACUGUUGUGUUACUGACAGUGAUUGCUCCAACAUCGUUUGUCCACCACGCAAGGACAAAUUUUGUCAUGAUUCCACGUGUCACUGUCACUAUAGGCACGAAUGUUUCACAGCUGCUGACUGCGCUUAUGAAGACUGCUUUAUUCUCAGUAAACUUACGUGUGACAACAACCAUUGCCAUUGUACUUCACCAACAACACUCGCAACCGUUAGUGGUUAGAAUAACCCCGGAUCUAUCUACAUGGUGACAUAUGAAGAGAAGCAUAGUAUUCCCAUCUAUUGUACACAUAACGGAAAUAUUAAACACUAUAUUCUUAA